GCCUUCAUUUGUGAUAGUGAAAGUAGCAGGCGCCAGGCGUGCGUUUGUGAGAUGUAAUUACACAGUAAUAACUUGUAUGGAUAUAUGGAAAGACUGUAGGUACAAGUGAUUUACAAUCAUGGAAGAAUUAAGCCGCCGCCUGGAGUUUGACAAUGUGACCAUACAGAUACAGGCUUUCAAAAGGCUUCAUGAUGACCUUAGGAAAAAGUUGUCUUUGGAACACAGACUGACAAAGACGUCGACCAAGUGUGCAGAAUACAAACUAUUAGAAGAAAAAUGUGGUGCUAUGGAGACGAUUGUUGUCAAGGCAACAUGUACAACAAUGGUGGAACUAGUGAGUGAUGGAUUGGCAGACUUCUCGGCUGUUCUUGAAUCCUUUCUCAAUCAAGUGCCAACUGCAAAGAACUUGUGUGGAAUUGUGCGGGGAACUGCGGAUUUGCUUGUGUGGCAGGCCGUGCAGAUGACCAGCGUCUCCACUGGGGGAUACAGCAACCCAUACACUCUGAGAUCUCCCCCUCACCCGUUUAUAACGAUUCUGACCAAUCGACCAGACUCCUGGUUACUCCUAGGCAACCAAGUGACAUACAUCUGCAGUUUGGAAGAUGAAAGAAUUCAAGGUCUAGCCAUUGAAAUCUUGGAACCAUUCUUGAAGUUUGUUUUUGCUGAACCACAAGACAAUCCGAAGUAUCAACCAAUGAGAAUGUUCCUACAGAGGGAGCUGCUCUUUGUAGCAGACCAAUCAGAUGACUGCAGUAAAAUGAAAAAAAUCCUAGGAUUUAUUGCAAACAUUCUAUCUUGUCUCCAGGUCCAGGACAAAAAUUCCGUGGGGAGAGCUGCUCUGUUUGUAAUGGACACUGUGGAUGUUUGUUUACACCGGGUCUCGGAAACUGAAGCAAUACUAAAAAAACUGGUGACCUACUUAGUGGAUUUGUGCUGGGAGUUUCACUUUCAGUCUCUGGAUGUCUCAAUGAUUACACGAUACCUCCACAGAGUGGCAGACAAAGCCCCAAACACUCUGUCAUGUGACACGAACUUAAUGUCCCUGAGUGGUCUUCUCCUGAAGGUUGACAUGGAGGAUGCUGUUACCAUACUUAAACCGGUAAAAAAGGUUGUGGAGUCUGACACUGAAGAUCUGUGUUCUGUAGCAGUGGCCUCCCUUGUUUUACCCAUUCUACAGAUCCUGUCUCAUUCGGGUUAUGGUCCUGGGACAGGGAUGGUUAAAUCUGCAAUCUCAAUAUCCAAGGGCAUCUUAAAGCUUAUUGAAGGAAAGCUAGUAAAGACACUCUGCAAGAGGAAACAGGAAACACCUCAAUUCUAUCAACACCUGACCUCUGCAACUUUUAUCAAUAACAACUACUCCAUGCUGGCCCGGGCUAUGGAGGAGGAGGAGGACUUGCCCGGGCUAUGGUUAAAGAAUCUUGUGGAUUCUGUGCUGAGACUGAAAUCUGUUCCACUCCAGCUUACCGUAACCGUGGCAGCACUGUUUGUGUUGUCAUCAGGGAAACCAUGGGCUGACCAAUCACUGAAGGCCUUACAGACAAUCUCCCACAUGGAUCAUAAACAGGCAUAUUACUUUCUACCUCUGUAUAUGUACAAACUAAACAAGAAUAUCAAUCCAGAAUAUCAACUCAGCAUCAUGAGAGCUAUCCCAAGCAUAGCACAACAUAAGAUAUGCAUUCCCACUGUACUGAGGACCAUUCAGACUUUUGGGUAUGUCUCCCGUCUGCAGGCCCUGUCCAUAUGCUUGCUAUCUGAACUCUGGUCACUGCAGGACAGGUGCUUUCCAUACUUACUGGAGUCUAUCACAAAGUCAACAGAAGUUGUGCUGACCAAAGAAGGGGUUGAUGAGGUUAAGCUAGCCAAAGCCAAGGCAAUUCGUGAUGUCUGUCUGUUGAGGGGUGAGCAGCAUGGGAGUGAUGUGUUAUCUCCUUUGUCCGAUUUACUAGAGAGCUCCACACAGGAAGUAGAUUCACCAGUUGCCUCCCUUGCUUUGGAAGGACUGUAUUACCUGUGUAAAGCUGAGGUUGUUGACAUUUUAUCAGUUUGGUCAGUGUUAGGAGAGAAACUCUCUGAAGACCCCAGAUCAAUCGUACAAGGCCGGAUUUGCCAGCUGUUCUCUCUGCUCCCAGAACUCCAAGUGAAAACAGAAGAAUUUGAGGAGUGUCAGCAAUAUGCAGUUUCGGCCCUCUGGCUCUUUGUCCAUGGCAGUAACCCGUCAGUCAGUGUAGCAGCUUUCAGGGCGCUGUCUAAAUUUGAUAUCUCAAGCUUCAACCUGUCCCACAUGCCAGACAAGGUGAAAGUCGAUUUCGUAAGGCAUGCAGAAGCCAUUAUAGCCAGGGGAGAUAACCCAGAUCUGACUGUGCAGGACAUUAUAAGGGACGUCCCAGGUGUCUGUUAUAUUCGUCUCCUUGAUGCUAUCUCACCUGAGAGUUAUAUAGGAUAUGAAGACUUCUUGUGUGAACAUGUGGGGUCAGAGGUCAAGAAAUUUCGUCGUGGAAUAUACCAUACAUCAGCACGGCAACUAGGAGCGGCAUCCAAUCAGAGUAAAGCAGUGGCCUCCAUACCGUCAUUUCUUCAGCAGCAGUAUGACAGAUGUAAACACCCGGGCUUGUUGCCCGGGCUAGCAGCGGGACUUCUAUUCAGUUUUGAUCCGCCUGUAGAGGUUGGCAGAGAUGGACGCCCAAGAAAACACUACUCCAUUACCCACAGUAAAAACUUUCAGCACAUGUUUACCACCCUGUUACACGAGGUUUUAAUCCAGCCGUCUGACUGGCAGGCAAUGCUGCACAUCCCGCUGGCCUGGGGGGCAUUCAUUGACAGGCUGUAUACUGCCGUCACGGAGGGCCGAAAAGCAGAGAUUGAUCUUCAAUUGAAAAAAGAUCACAUUGGAGAGGAGGAGGCUGUAGAGAAAAAGAAAGUAGCAUGGCUCUGGGUCCGAGACAAGCUGACAGAGGCCAUAAAGAAUGCAUCGAAAGAGAGCCCCAGUGUUCAGGGAAAUGCUGUGCUGGCGUUGGGAGGCCUCGUAUUGACUUCACAGAAACAUUGGAUCAGCCUGGACAAGAAAAGUCAGAGCGAGAUUGAGCAGGUCAAGGAGUUCCAGAGCCAGACGCACUGGACGACUGUUGCCAUGGAUACCCUGAUGUCUCUGAUGGAUGUAACUUUUCAACCGAAGGGCAACAUCCUGGGAAUCUGUCAACAGAGGUCUGUUGAUGACCGGAUGACCAGCAGUUUUCUGGUCCAGGCUGCCUCAGUUUUGGCUCUCUGCCAGCUCACACCAGUUAUUAUUAACCUAGAUAUGAGCAGGAUCUUUGUGAUGCUGGAGACCCUUACAACAUGGUUACCAGGGCAACCGGAUGCGCCGGAAGCUCCCGUCUUACAGCUGGCCUACGGUCUUGGUCUGGGAGGAGUUCUUGGGAAACUGUUUGAGGAGAACUUCAUGGAUUCCUGCAGUUCAAAGGAAGUUACACAGAUAUGGCAAACUCUGGACAAGUUAGAAGAUGUUUGUCUGGCAGGAGGAGAGGAAGGCUGUGGAAGUCUCCUAGGACUAGGCGUGGCUGUGACCGCCCUUUGUAACAACACUAGAACUGAGGCGAGGGCACAUGUCCUCACCGUGCUAGACAAACUGCAAGCUAAGCUACAGACAACAAAGCCAGACAACCUGGUACAUCAGGUGCUCUGUGUGUCUUUGGCACUGAUUAACAGUUCAGCAUUUAACGCCAACAUCAUAGCAUCUGACAGAGUCCUGUCUGCUGUAGGCAAGGUCUCCGCUGAUCAAAACGAGGCUCCACAGAGUGUGGAAUUAGCCAUGGCUGUAGGGAUUUUGAUGUAUCAUCUGACAAAGGCAGGAGUCUCGGGAAUGGUGGACCAGCAACAACAUUUGCUACACACCUGGACAAAGAACAUAACCUGCAAGGAGAGUUCACCUUUGUUGCGCAUGGCUGCCAUGAGUGGACUAAUGGCUUUAAUCGGUUCCCAGAAAACUCUUAUUUCUAACACUGGAAGCAUGUCGAUGUCCUUGGGUGGUAUGGAUGCUGACGAUGUUGUCAAGGUGAUGACUCAGAUGAUUUCCACCGGUGAUGACCUUGGAAUUCAGAAAACAGCAGCCUGGAUGUUGGGGAACUAUUAUCUUUCUGCGUCUUCAGUGGCAGAGACCAGAGUUAACGUGCCUAUCUCCCUGAAAUAUCUCCCAGAAUCCAGUCUGUUACGAGCAGUGGUAGACUUUCUCAUUGAGGCAGGCAAGAAAGGACCUGAAGCUAUUCCAGAGACCCGGGUGAAGUGCUGCCUCAGAAGUCUAGUGGAAAAAGUCAGUCAAACCCUGCCCCCUGUCAACUGGGCUGGUAUCCUCGCCCCCUUAAUGAGAGUCAAUUUCAGUGACGAAGUGAAGAGGUUAUGUCUUCAAUUAGCCAUUACCCAGAGUUUCUAUUCCCCUACAGCAGCCAUUUUGGUUAGUUCGUGGAUGGUUUCUCCUCUCCUGCAGACUCUCAAUGAUUCCUGUCGUGGCUUGCUCUAUGUUGAAUUACCUACACUGGUGACCUCUGUGUCCCCUGCGACCUUGACUUCACUCCUUGACAUGAUGCAGAAGGAAAAGGGUGAUUUGUAUCUCCAUGGUUUGUACGGACUUCACAGGGCACUGAAGAUUCGUGACCUUCCUUCUGCUGUUACAGACAUUUUGUUACAGUGUUUGAAAUCGGUCUACAAAAGAACAGUGGGAGAGCAGACUGAUUAUCGAGUUCAUCAUCUGUUAGGGGAAUGUCUCGGAAGUGUUCCAGACGCUGUGUUUGAUGACCUGACAGAGGGGGAUUUUUCUGAUGCGGAUGACCACUUCCUGUGCUGUUUUGUGAGAUGUUAUCUGGUGGUCCAGGGACGGCAACCAAUGGCCUUGCUGAACCGCUGUGUGGAUGCCAGCCUUAACAAUCCAGACAGCAUCACGUCAGAGCUGCAUGCUUUGUUUUAUCACACAUUCUGGCACAUCGCCCAAUCUCAAGCAGAGUCCAAUGGCACCUUACAUCGGCUUCAGUGGCUCUUAGAGUUACUGGGUCACAUUCGAAAUGUGUCAACAGGAGCCAUAACUCUGUCAGACAAAGUCACAAAUACAGAUCAGAUGGUACAGUUUGGGAUCCAUCUGGCUGCCUCUGUCAUCAGUAUGUUUACCUCGUCCUCCACAGCUUUAGUCUACAAUAUAAAUCCACAGUUCCUGAUGGACUCCUAUCCCAAUAGUCCUUUCCAGGAAGGUCAUAACCUGACCUUGAGCAGGUGCCCUGGGAGUCCUGUCAAUUUCUUACCUUCGUUUAUUACUGGGCUUGAGGGAGAACCCUGGAGUCAGAUCUUACUCAAGGUUCUUGACUGGAUGGGUUUGAUGCAGAAGAAACAGACCCCAGCUGCUCUGUCUGCUGUUGAGAUCAGCCUGAAGCAUUCAGUGCACUUUAGGAGGGUGCAGACAUGGACAGAUGUUAUUCAGAGAUACAACACAAUCUCAGAGAUGUAGAGGGCUGGAGAUGUAGUGGGCUGGAGACUUUGUGGAUUCUUUAAUGGGCCAGAAAUUUACAUAAACCAAAGACAUCAUACACUCUAGCAAUAUAACAUGGUGUCAGGGGCGUAAUAAUGACCUGCAGAUUUUGUGGACUGGAGAUUUUCGUACGGCAGUCAGACUGCUAAAAUUGUUAGUGAUCUGAAGAACCAAUUAAGCAUGCGAUGGAUGCACUACUCACAUAUUUGACAUGCUAAUACAUUUACAGUCUAGGUCUAAUUGAUUUCAUAUUUUGUAUUGUAUUUAUGUGUAAGGGAAGUUCAAAACAAUAAAAAAUGAAGGGGGAAAUGCAUUACA